AUGUUUGGAGUUGGUAAAUCUGGAACUUUUAAACCAAAAUAUGGUAAAAACAACCCAUCAUCAACGUCAUUUUUACCACUACCUGCAACAUUUCAUCAAAUUAAUCGAAAGAAACGAUUACCACUAAUAUUAAUUGUAUUAUUUAUUAUAUGGUAUAUUUUUUUCAAUUCAUUUUUAUCACCAUUUUCAUAUUUAUUUUCUAAAUCAAUUUCAAAAAUUCAUUAUCCUCAAGCUCAUCCAUUAACUAGUACUCAACUUAUAGAAACUUCAUCCAAAUAUAUUUAUCCCCCCAUUGAACAUGCCCCAUUAUUAAAACAAUUAACCACGAGGAAAUUAUUUAUAGAACAUACAUAUAAAGAAAAUGGAAUUGAUAAAACUGGGAUUAAAUCAUUGAAUUUUUUAGAUGAUCCUCAUGAAAAUUUACAAAAAGCUAAAGAAAAGGAAGAAAAUGAUAAUCUGCCAUUAAAUGCUGCUAAAAAUUAUUUCAAAAAUCAAGAUAAAAUUGUUUUUAAACCUAAAUCAGGUUCUUCUUCUUCUUCUUCUUCAAAAUAUCCAGAAUUAGUGAUUGUUACUGCUGUUGAUUUUAAUAAAUAUUCAUUAGAUGGAUUGACUAAAAUUGUUCAAAAUCGAGUAGAUUAUGCUCAUUUACAAAAUUAUGGAGUUUAUGUAAGAUGGUCAGAAGAAUUUUUACCAAUACUUAAUAAUUUCCAAUAUUUAGAAGAUAAAGAACGAGCUAAAUGGAUUCGAGUUUAUUGUAUGAAAGCUGCUAUGUUUGCCUUUCCGAAAACAAAAUGGUUUUGGUAUUUAGAUGAAAAUGGAUUAAUUAUGAAUAUGAAUAUAAAUAUUCAUGAUUAUAUGUUAAAACCAGAAAUUUUAAAUUCAAUAAUGUUAAGAGAUUUACCUUUAAUACCACCAGAUGGAAUUAUUAAAACUUAUAAAAAUGCUCGAGCUGAUUCAAUUCGAUUUAUAUUAACUCAAUCAAAUCAAAAAAUUGAAACUAAUUCAUUUUUAAUGAAAAAUGAUUAUAUUGGGAAAUCAAUGAUUGAUAUAUGGGGUGAUAAUCUUUUUUUCCAAUAUCCGAAUUUUCCUUAUGGACCAGAUUCAGCUUUAACUCAUAUUUUACAAUGGCAUCCUUUUAUUUUAAGUAAAACUACUAUUGUUCCAAUUAAAACUAUUGCUGCUAGUCAUAAAUUUAAAGAUAAUGGUUUACCUGGUAAUCUGAUUUAUGAAGAUGGAGAUUUUGUUGCUCAAUGGAGUGAUUGUAAUAAUCCAAGUGAAUGUGAAAAUAUUUUAAAUAUUUAUUAUAAUAAAUUGAAAAAAACCCCAAAAUCAUAG